AAAACACCUUCCUGGUGAAAAGGAGAAGCCUAACUAAAGUUUUAGUUUUGAUAUUCGAUCUAAAAUCUCAUGGCUUCGCAAUUUCUGGCGGCAGCUGCUGAGAAAGUUGGACCUGCCUUGAGGCGUCAGGCCCUCACCUUAACCGAUGCGGCGGCUUCUAGAAUACGCCAUCUAUUGCAGCAGCGCCAACGGCCUUACCUCAAGCUUGGUGUCAAAGCCCGCGGCUGCAAUGGCUUAUCCUAUACCCUCAAUUACGCUGAUGAGAAAGGGAAGUUUGAUGAAUUGGUUGAGGAAAAGGGUGUAAAGAUACUGAUUGAUCCAAAAGCUCUUAUGCAUGUUAUUGGGACUAAGAUGGAUUUUGUUGAUGACAAACUGAGAGGCCAUUCUUCUCUCCCCUGUCCUUUGAAACGCCAGUGACCUCCUCGUUGGCGUCAGUUGGCUGAUCCCAAUCCUGUUCCUGUCCCCUGCUGCAUGCUGUUUGCUGUAAAUUUUUUCUAAAAUUCUAUUUUUCUCCCUUUUCUUUUUCUAUUUCUUUUUUCUAUUUCUGUCCAAUUUAUUGUUUAUAUUUUCCCUUACUUUUUUUCCCAAUUUCUGGUAUAUUUUUACCACCGUUGUUUUUUUUUUUUUUUUGUACUGUUCAAAGCGUUAUCUUUAAGCAUAGUCUAUUAGUCGAAUUAUUCUCAGUGCCUUAUCUUUUUUGCUAUUGUAUUUCUAUUUCCUUUUUAAAAAAUCCUUCCAACAUAAAAGAUUGAUUACCUCUUAUUUUUUUAAUAUUUACACACUUUCCCCAUGUUUCCAUUUCCUACAUCAUAAAAAAUGUAGUUUCCCCAUGUCCAUUUCUGUAUAUAAGUGUUUCUGGUUCUGCAGUGCUACAUGUCUCAUCACCAACCUGAGCACUCAUACUGCAUUUGCGCAGUGCUAUAUGUAUUUUGACAUCUACCAUAUUGCUUUCACCAUUGACGAUGUGGAAUUUUAACUAUUGAUCUUCCUGAAUUUACUCAAGUUCAUAUUGAGACAAGAGGGAGCAUAAUCAUAGUCUUUCAUACUGUUAGCUAAGUUACUUAAUUGAAAGAUGAAAUGGAAGUUGGAAUUGGAACCCUGCAAAAGCUCUUGUUUUGACAGUUUUUAAGCUUGCGGAUGAAUACGACUGCUAUGAAUAUUUUUGUUGUUGCUCAUUGUGCUUUAAUCUGCUUGGGCAUGUGUGCUUUAUAUAAUAUUUAGGUUUCAAGUUUUAACUGUAAAGUUUCAAAUUUACAUACGGUUCUCCA